AUGUCCAAUACCCACAUCUUCAUUCUCUUCAUAGCCAUCUUCUUCUAUGUAGCCUACAACUUACCUACAACCAAACCCAAAGAAACCAACCUUGUGUUCUAUGUACAUGACUACCUGACCGGCCACGACGCAUCGGCGGCAACCGUCGCGGGAAAAUCUGGCCCGAGCUCCAGCAUUCUACACUUUGGGACCAUCCUAGUCGUUGAUGAUGUGGUCACUGAGGGGCCCACAUUGGAAUCGGCGGUGAUCGGCCGAGCACAAGGCAUGUACAUAAACUCCGCGUUGGACGGUAAGGGGUUGCACCUUGUUUUCUCUGUGAUCUUCACUGGUGGGCCAUACAAUGGGAGCACAUUGGAGAUCCAAGGGGCUGAUUUGUUCUCUCUAAAGGUUCGAGAAUUUGGCGUUUUGUCGGGGACCGGCUUUUUUCGGUUUGUGAAGGGGUAUGGGUUUAUGGAGACUGAGUUCUUGGAUUUGGCUAGUUUGAGAGGUAUUCUCAAGCUCAAUGUAACAGUUAGACAUUACUAAGGUGUGUUUGGCUCAUGGAUAUUUCAAGAGCUGAGUGAAAUAGUUGUAGAAAUUUCUUCUUUUUAGUAGAAUUUUCAAAUUUUGCGAAUGGGGUUCCUUUAUUGCGAUCCAUUGCAAUAGGAUACAACGGAUUUUAGCUGUCGUAUUUAGGCUCUUUUCAGUGACUUGCCUUGAUGGGGGAUGCUUGAAAAAACAUCAAAUUGAAUAUUUUCGACCCUUUGAUUUUACAAAAGUGAUGGUGAUUGAUCAUAUUCAAACGAAAAGAGAUAGAUUAUCAAAGGGUUGAAAUAAUCUAAUUUACUAAGUUUAAUUUGAUGCCUAUACA